ACCUUUGUUCUUUCUUAAAUUUAUACAAUUACACAGCAAAAGCGAUAAACAUUAGUUAGUAUCGUUUUAAUUUCUUCUUCAACAUGAUUAAGAACGCUGUUACGUUAGUGACGGGUGGUGCCUCUGGUUUGGGGAAGGCCACCGUGGAAAGACUCAUCCAACAAGGUAACCGAGUUGUUCUGUGCGACUUACCAUCGUCGAAAGGCAGUGAAAUUACGAAAACAAUUGGUGAAGAAAAAGUCGUAUUUGCUCCUACCAAUGUCACUUCUGAAAGUGAUGUAAAAGCAGCUUUAGAACUGACUAAACAGAAAUUUGGAAAACUGGAUAAUGUUGUCAACUGUGCUGGAAUUGGAGUGGCAUUUAAAACUUACAACUUUAACAAAAAGACAGCGCAUAGUUUAGAGGACUUCACCAAAGUUAUUAACAUUAACACGAUCGGCACCUUUAACGUCAUACGACUUGCAGUGGGACUAAUUGGAGAGAAUCAAUUGAACGAGAAAGGAGAACGUGGAGUGGUAAUAAAUACGGCGAGUGUCGCAGCAUAUGAAGGUCAAAUGGGCCAAGCCGCGUACUCUGCCAGUAAAGGUGCCAUCGUUGGAAUGACUUUGCCCAUCGCUAGAGAUUUGGCGAGUCAGGCAAUCAGAGUUGUCACUAUUGCUCCAGGAUUGUUCAGAACUCCUCUUUUUUCUGCCUUACCUGAUAAGGUGGUUCAUUUUCUGGAGAAGUCUAUCCCAUUUCCGCCAAGGUUGGGUGAUCCUGCGGAGUACGCGCAGCUGGUUCAAAGUAUCAUUGAGAAUCCAAUGCUGAAUGGAGAAACCAUAAGAUUAGAUGGUGCUCUCCGUAUGCAACCAUAAUCGUUUAGCAGCGUCAUUUUUAUGCAUUUUUAAAUAAAACAAAAAUAUAGCUUUA